AUGAAAUAUCCCCAAGCAUUUCUUAACAGGGAAAGAACAAAGUGCAAGGCGUUGUCGCGAGGACAGAAGACGGAUCGCGACACGCCCCGAACAUCUCAACAUCUCAAUAAUUUAGAUUGCCUUCACCUGCAAUUAUAUCGGGAUCCGAAAGACCGUUAUAAAAAAGGUCAGACCAAGGCCUCACUAUCACUUCAACACUUUCUCGGCUUCGAAUCAGGGUUUACCCUUGACAAAGAAUCAAACACCAUUGCGAUAAUAUGCCAAGACGUAACUGUAGUACUUGCGUUCGAAACUAGAGAACGACUGAUAGCGUGGCAAGUGAAAGUUGGUGGGCAGCUCGGAUCUUCGAAGGAAUUCUUAGUGAUGAUCGGUGGUGGAGGGUCCAAGAAACUGCCUGCUGGUCCUGCAAGGCUCCACAUCCAAGGUAGACGAUUUGCCCUCACGAGUGGAGUUCCUCCUCGAGUCCUUGGAUUAUGGGAGCUAGCUCAUUUAAGGCGUUACGGCGUGGUGGAGGGCAGAUUUUGCUUCGAGGGUGGUUCGCACUGUGGGAAGGGCGAAGGACUGCAUAUGCUUAUAACAGAUCAAGCCCAAGAUAUUACAGAUGCUUUCGACCAAGCUGCUCAAGGAAAUUUCCAGCCCAGAACACCGAGAAGUAACGGAACCGAGCGCAGAUUUAAAUCUCGACCAAAUACUCGUUUAUCCGACUUCAAUUCAGGUGACCAGUCUAUACCUGACACUGCUAGUGCGUUAUACGAAGAAAAUUAUUUUGGGGAAGAUUGUGGAGAGGUUUCACCUUUUUGGCCAUCAGCAGAAAGACGAGAGUUGGACGAAAAUGAGUAUAGACCAUUGACUGAAAUGGGAGCUAAGCCUCCAUGGAGUGGAGCUGACCAUGUCACAUUAGAGCGUUGCAAUAAUUGCUUAACAAAACUUGGCGGAAUGUCUCGAUCCUCCACAGUAGCUUUGACUACCGGAAGUAAUUUCAACCCAGCGUGGACAAUGGAAGCAGUUCCAGAAAGUUGUUCUGAUAAUUCUUCUAACAGCACCGAAUACCAUGCACCAAAGCAAAUGACGAAAAAAGAAGAGUGUCUCUGUAAAGAUAAACCUCCUUUAAGACCCCCAAAACCAGCUCAUUUAGACCAAAAGAAACCACCUGCACUUUUGCCAUGUCAGGGGUGUAAUUGCAAUAUAAAUGAAAAUGUAUGUCCUAGUAACAAUUCUAAAGUGGGUCCAUAUGAAAAUUAUGACGUUCCAAAGGCAAAUUAUAAUGAGUUGGAGAACGCGGAGUACUACGAUACACCAAAAAGAAUAAAGGCAGCUUUAGCUGAUGAUCUGUUUCAAGUUACGAAUUCUUCUACACCAGAAUCUUUAGUGUUAAAGAAAAGAUGCGGUUGUAUAUUAAAAUUUGGGUCAAAAAAGAAACCAGUAAUUGUAGAAUGCAACGAAAGCUUACAACCAGUUGAUUGUCCAUGUCAAAAGGUUACAAAUUGGGCAAAUAAUCUAAUAAGCCUACCAUAUUGUAAAAGAAACACAAGCUGUGAAAGAAUUAGUACAGAAGUUCUUAGUAACAAAACUGAUGACAUGGCUAUUUAUGCAACAGUAGAUGUUUCCAGAAAGACAAACAGACAAAGUACAGUCACAGACCAAGAUAAAAAUCCAAACGAUCCAAAUGACACAAUAUUUACUAAUUAUCAAAAUUUAGAACCAAAAGAAAUCAAAGAUUUUGAAGGUCCUUACGCUAAUUACGAGAACCUUGAAUUUGCUUUAUCUUUAGAGUAUUAUGAAAAUGCAAAAGAUCUACUGAAGAAAGCGGGCGUUACUCAAAGUGAGUUAGAUGCUCUUAGUGCCAACAUAAAUUUAGCAUCUACAACUUUACCUUUACCUUUAAAACCUAAAGCUUGUUUAAAAUGUGGUAACUAUAAAUCAUCGACUAUACAUGAUAUAAGAACUAAAAUGGAUGAAUAUUUACUAAUGGAACCUUCAAAAGACGCGAAAAAUAGUUUGGUUAACAAAACUAGUACAAACACUGGUUAUACACCGAUGUCUCCAAAUCCAAACUGGUCGCAAAGCUUAAAAUACCCAAUGACAAAAGCAUGUCGAGCAGAUAUCGAAAAGUCUUUUAGUAUUCCAACAUUAAAUGGAAGUGGAAAUGGCAUUCAAAGCUUUGAAACGUCUAAUAAAGAAGCGAUGCAAAAAAGAUCGAGUUCUGUAGAUUCUGCCCGUCUUCUUGAAGAUUUAAAGGAAUUUGACAGCAGUAUAGGAAGUCACGCGACAUCUUCAUCUAUGGAAACACUAAGAAAUUUAGCAUUAGAAAAUAGACUUACAUCGCCAUGUGACAACGAUAGAGAAUGCUAUGAUUGUUGUAAAUCAUCAGGUUCGGAAAACAAGACAUCUGAAGAGAGUUCAUCCAAGGACCUACCUCAUCUACGAAAUAAACAUAUGGAUAACGCUGCUAUAAAGAGAUCAUCCAGUGUUCCCUGCAAGGGUGGUAAUCGAGAUUCAUCUAGCUCAAACGAUUCUGGAGUUUCAACUUGUUCAUUGAAACAUAGUGGAGGUGAAUUUCAGGAAUUUGAAAUGCCCUUGACAUCAGGCCAAUCAAGAUAUCAAUACAUGGUACAUAAAAGAUUGCGAGGAAAUCUAUCUGGGUCAAUACAUUCAUCGUUACCACGAAAAUCUAAAUCAUCUGAUUUGUUAAGAGAUCAACCAAUGCAAAUUCAUAAAGCGAAUGCUCAUGCGAAAUCUUCAUCUGCUGAAGCUGAAGUUCCUGUACUACCACCGAAACAGUUUAAAGGUGUUUUAGAUACCCACAGCACAUCCAGUGGAACAUCUGAUAUGUCUGACUAUAUCGAAACAUUAUCUUUGACAUCUUCACACUCGUCAUCUGAUGCACCAAGUGGAAUAAGAAUAAGCCGCCAACCAACGAGCACCCUGCGACCGCGAUCAGGCAAGGAGUACCACAAUUUGGAUCCAAUUAUCACGUCCAUGUACAAAAAUGGGAAGGAUCUGGCUAAUUACACAAACCUGCCA